CGUGGGGCAGAUGUGAAUGCGAAGGGUGGCCUUUAUGGCAAUGCACUAAAAACAGCUGCAGCGAAAGGAACCGAAUCGGUUGUGCGGCUUCUCCUCGAGCGUGGGGCAGAUGUGAAUGCUCAGGGUGGCUAUUAUGGCAAUGCACUACAAGCAGCGAAAGAAUUACGUCAUGAAUCAAUUGCGCAGCUCCUCAUUACACAUGGGGCA